UCGGGAUAGGCCAUAACAACCACCCAACAAGGCGUCGUGCUACUAAGGGGAAAUACCGAACCUAACCGAUAAAAAGACGGUGUUGGUUUAGUUUAUAGCCAGGAUAAAUGCUGAAAAUUCGCCGGAAGUCGAUUUGAGUCAUAGUAGCGAUCAAAUGUGAACGUUGACGUCGAGCCGUGCGUAAUGAGCAGAGUUAGAAAAAAGAAGGUGUUGAGCUGCAUUUUUUUUCUCUCCUUCUCUCCCUCUCUCCCCCUGCCAGGGAUAACUUGGGUUUGGAGUACUGUCCAAACUACGAGGUGAUACGAAUCGAUACAACGUCCACGAAGCUCUUCACUUUUCGGUAUGGCAGGCUGGGCCCGGGGCUCUGAGAAUCCGCGCCUGAACCACUGCUGACGAUUUGAGAGGAACACGUUGUCUGAGCAGAAUGACUCAGCAGGAGGGGGGACCCCCACAUAGCAAGUGAAGAGAAGUGAGGAUGGGUGCUAAUGGAUCCAGCUAUCCACACUCAUGCUCCCCACGCAUAGGGGGGAAUGCGCAGGCACAGCAGACUUUUAUAGGGACCUCGUCCUACUCUCAGCAGGGGUAUGGCUGGGAGUCCAAGUUAUACAGCCUGGAGCACGGACAUGAGCGCCCCACAGACAGGAAGAAGAAGAGCCUUGGUCUGGCCACCCUCAAACGGAGGUUCAUCAAAAGGAGGAAGUCCAGCCGCUCGGCGGAUCAUGCGCGACAGAUGCGAGAGCUUCUGUCCGGGUGGGAUGUCCGGGACACAAACGCCCUGGUGGAGGAAUACGAGGGCACGGCAGCCCUCAAGGAGCUGAGCUUCCAAGCGAGCCUCGCUCGCGCCGAGGCCCCCAGCCUGCAGCGGAAUCUGGCGGCCCUCUACCAGCACAAGUACUGCACCGACGUGGACCUCAUCUUCCAAGGUACUUGCUUCCCGGCCCACCGGGCCAUCCUGGCGGCCCGCUGCCCCUUCUUCAAGACUCUGCUGUCAUCGUCCCCCGGGUACGGAGCGGAGGUCCUCAUGGACAUUGAGACGGCCGGCAUCGACGUGCCCAUGUUCUCUGCCCUUCUCCACUACCUGUACACAGGGGAGUUUGGGGUGGGCGGGGCAGAGGACACCAGGCUGCAAAACGUGGAUGUACUGGUUAAACUCAGUGAGGAGUUCGGGACACCCAACUCCCUGGAGGCGGACAUGAGGGGCCUGUUUGACUACAUGUGUUACUAUGACGCUCUGCUCAGCUUCUCGGCGGACUCUGAGAUGAUCGAGAGCUGUAAUGAGCGAGGCGCUGUCGCCGCGGCGCCAACACCAGGUCCCGGUUGCCCCGGGACCCCAGACGAGGACCUUAGGGCUCACAAAGCUAUCCUCUCGGCGCGAUCCCCCUUCUUUCGGAACCUUUUGCAGAGGCGCAUCCGCACGGGAGAGGAAAUGACCGAGCGCACAUUGCAGACGCCGACCCGCAUAGUGCUGGACGAGUCCAUCAUCCCGCGGAAAUAUGUGCAGGUUAUCCUCCACUGCAUGUACACGGACGCGGUGGAACUCGGCCUGGUGCUGCGCGGCAGCCCCUCGGCGGGCAGCCUCGGCGAGGUGCAAGCCCUGGUGUCCGGGGGCCGCGGAGCGAGCACGCGCACCGAGGAAGCCAUGGAGCUGUACCACAUCGCUCUAUUCUUGGAGUUCAGCAUGCUUGCGCAGGGCUGUGAGGACAUUGUUGUGGAAAGCCUGUCCCUGGACUCGCUCGUCCCCAUCCUGAAGUGGAGCUCUCAGCCGUAUGGCUCCAAGUGGGUCCACAGGCAGGCCAUGCACUUCCUCUGUGAGGAAUUCAGUCAGGUCGUCACUUCAGAUGUUCUCUAUGAGCUUAGCAAGGAGCACCUUCUCUGCGCAAUCCAGUCCGACUACCUACAGGCGAGUGAACAGGACAUUCUCAAGUAUGUUGUUAAGUGGGGCGAGCAGCAGCUUAUUAAGAGGAUGGCAGACAGGGAGCCAAACCUUUUGAGCGGCACAGCCCACAGCGUAAACAAGAGGGGAGUAAAAAGGAGGGACCUGGAUGUGGAGGAGUUGAAGGAGAUCCUGUCCCCCCUCUUGCCCUUUAUCCGAACUGAGCACAUCUUGCCUCCCAACAGUGACGUCCUCGCUGAUGCGCUUAAAAGAGGUUUGAUAAGCACCCCUCCCUCAGACAUGCUGCCCACAGCUGAGGGGGGGAAAGCCAAUGUCUGGCUACGGCAGAAGAAUUCGGGCAUCUAUGUGCGUCCCCGCCUCUUCUCUCCUUAUGUGGAGGAGGCUAAGUCUGUGCUUGAUGAGAUGAUGGUGGAGCAGACAGACCUGGUGCGUUUGCGAUUAGUGCGCAUGUCCAACGUCCCAGACACACUCUAUAUGGUCAACAACGCAGUUCCUCAGUGCUGUCACAUGAUCAACCAUCAGCAAAUGGCAAGCAACUCAACCGCAGCUCCAUCGGUUGUGGCCAAUGAAAUUCCAGUGCCAAAGCUGUCCGUGGUAAAGGAGAUGAUCCGUAGGCUGCAGGAACUGAGACACACUGAGCAGGUCCAGAGAGCCUAUGCCCUCAACUGUGGUGAAGGCGCCACCGUCAGCUAUGAGCUGCAGCUGCGGGUGCUGAGGGAGUUUGGUCUGGCGGACGGAGCCACUGAGCUGCUGCAGAACCCGUACAAGUUCUUCCCUGAUGAGCGAUUCGGAGACGAGAGUCCAAUCCUGGCUCUACGCCAGGUGGGUCGGUGUCGGGUAAACAGCAGCCCGGCCAUGGAUAGCAUGUUCUCAGAGCUAGAAGGGGUAGUUGGCUUUCACCCUCCCCUACCUCCUCCACCUCCCCCAUACCACCCACCUGCCACACCCAGCCAUGCUCAGCUCAAAGGGGCCUGGCGUCCUCGUGUGCCCAUGCCGACCCCUACCCGUUCCUUCUCCUACCCUUGCAACCGCUCCCUGAUCCAGCGCCAUGCGGCCGCUAAGCAUGGCAGCUCAGACUACUCCUCUGUGCCCAGGCCCCAGCCCCCAGACUGCACCAACCCGCAGGCUAUGGGCAGAGCUUUGCUUUCUGACCAGCAAGCGAUGAGCAUGGAGCCUGUUAUGAGGGAGUUCAUGCCUGACAUUGCAUUGGGUGUCUCUGUCAUGUCCCUGCGGGAGCAGCACAUGGCAGAGUUGGACAGGGAAGGCCCUCACGGCCCAAUGGGUCCCUCUGGGCACCAUCUGCCCCAUGGGCCCUGCCCGUCUGCCCGCCAUAGCCAUGGCCACGGCCCCGGACAUGGCCACUCGUGCAAGAGACACGCUCCAGAACCCAAGCUGGAGGCUCAAGCCGAAUUCCCUGACCUCUAUGACUUCUCCUGUCGACCUGCAACGCCGACCUCCACUCAUCCUCUGCCCUCCUUUGCAGGACCAGACCUCUACAGCCACAGCUGCACUCCCCCCAGCUCUUAUCCACCCCCCUACAUUUCUGAAUCUCAUCCCCAUGGCCGCCCGCAGGGACGGACUGCCCCAGACCCAUUACGUCUGGAUGUCCUUAGUAUGACCUCUCAGAGGCACGAUGGAGUCAUUGCCAGCCCUUCUGGGGCCCAACCUAGGAUGGGACACAUCCCAAGGGGGCGAUCCAAUGAGACAGACUUGACUCACGGCUUAGGACAUUUACGGCCUCCCAGUGGGAACAUGGACAGCUAUGAGGAGAGGCACACGGGACCGAGAGAUGCCCCGGAGGAAAUGGUUCUAGCUGGAGAAUCCCUCCAGCAGCCUCACAGGAACAGUGUCAGCGAGGAGAUCGCCAGAGACCGCAGGUCACCCAGCAAGCCGGACUACCCUUAUAAGAAAUCUGCACUUUAACCCCAUUUGAUGCCCAGGGGUUGAGUUACAAAAAGGGAAAGCAUGAUGAGUGUCUGUCCAUCCAAGUGGAUGGCAAAGCACUAAAUGUGUGUGUGUGUGUGUGUGUGUGUGUGUGUGCGUGUGUGUGUGUGUUUGUUUUAGAGGAGCAAGUUGAAGGGGGGGCGGUCGAUGAUUGCUAUUUAUUAUUUCUGACCUUUUUGUCCUACCUCUAUCACACUGUGCUAUCCAUCACACAGUCAGAGUAUGGAACGGGUGUUGUCCGCUUGUAGUGCUUGAUCUCUGCAAUCCUGCGUAGUCCUGCUGGUGCAGAAGAUGACUCGGUCUCUAUCAGGACAGAUUCUAACGAAAGACUUUGGCUCUAUGCCGUGCGAGUCCUGCAUGGGGAGUUCACAAAACUAUAUGUAGCUAAGUUAUGAACUGAAAACAGUUACAUUCAUGAGCUCUGUUGUCUCUCUGUUGUUUUAGGCAUCGAAUGGGGAGAUGGUGGGAUAGAGGUCUCGAUUUACACAAGCAAGCAGUGAUACACCGUCUGGGAACGAGAGUAUUGUGAUAGAAUCAUGUGUAAAUACAUCUGACUGUAUUCUUUUCCUUCCGUUGUUUUUCUUUCCACUUUUUUCUGUAGCAUGCCUAUAGCAACCCACUUGACUAGUUUCCCCCACCUGGUUCUGCAGUGCCGAUUGAGGGGGCUGAUGCUUGUUCACACAAAGCGGGAAUCGGAUCUGACAGGAAGUAGGUCAUCCGAGUUCGUCAUUCUCCUGUUACCGAGUCUGAUAAUUGUGUCGGGGUUUACCGAUUCUAGGAGUGUCUCGCUUGGAAGCGGACGCCGGGUGCUUUCAGAGGGCUGCGGGAGGCAGGAAGGAGCACGAGCUGGGCUCAUUACUGAAAUACAGUGAGAAAAUAUAGGGGUGCCAUGGCAACUAACGUAGAAGUGAUCGUAAGGAGUACUGGGGGGGGGGGGGGGGGGGGGUUGUUGGGUUUUCAGCUGAAACGGGGAGCGUGAGUGUGUGCAAGGACGCCUUUGAUACAACCUCAGUACUGUACACCCAUUUUUAGCAAGGUUUGUAUGUACGUAUCACAGAGUCAGAUGAUUUAAACCGAUUCUUUGCCAGUGUUAUGGUCAGUGAGCGAGAGACUCUUGCUCUGUUUUAAUCCAAUAGCAUAAAGUAAUCAAAUCUAAAGCCUUAAUCAGUACUCGGAGUAUUCAGUUUUAGCUACUUUUGUUCCAUUAUGAUGUCAUAUCGCUACCCCUGUUUAUUGCUUUUUGGACUGUUCUCUUCACUAUGGACACAUUAACUACCCCCUUCCCCCCUCCACCCACCCAAACGCUAACUUGUUUUUUCACAUCAGGCCUCCAUCAUGCCACCCCAUGCAAGAUUGUUGACCUGCAUGGUCAGCUUUGAUACUAAUAAAUAUACUGUUAAAGAGCCACAGCAGCUGUAGCUCCAGCAUCAUGCAAGUACACACAACAAAGCCUGCUGGCUUGCGACCUCACAUACCAGUAUCAUUGUGUGUUAGCUGAAGGGAAAGGAACACGUUUUGAACAAAAGGUAUCUUGUAUUGAAGAAAAGUUGACGAUCGUCUCAAAUCUCCAAUGAAAUUGUAUAUAAUGAAUUGAGCUUUAUUCCGAUUUUUUUAUUUUAUGGUUUCUAUCACAUUUUAAUGGUUGUUGAAGGUUUGAGUUUUUACUGUAGUGUACAACACUGUGUACUUUGUCAUGAAAUUUCACCAAGAAUGUGUGGUAUAAAACAAAGAUGGUGUCUCAAUCUAUUUCUUUCCUCAGUGUUGCGCAUUAGGACAGUCUGUUCCAUGGUGUAGGUGGUGUGGAUUACAAUGUUUGUAGAGAUGUUUCUUUUCUUCCCCAUUCUUUACUUUCAAAGUAACAUGCAUAUGUAGAGGAUCUGAAGGUUUCAUUCGCCCUCUGCUUGGCAGUGAUGAAGUUGCUGAGCAAAAAAAUAUUUUUUCCAUCAAGGUUGCUUCAUGGGGAAAAAAUGCUAAACUCCAGAUUCCUCCCCAUGUUCAUGUUGGUUAGUUGUUUAAUUUUCCGGGACAAUGUUCCAUUGAAUAAAAGUCCUUGUUUUGCUCUUUGCUGUGGAGAAGUCAGUGCCUUCCCCGCCUGCGGCUGGGCUUUUAUUAGAGAAGUGACUUUGAUGUUCUAUGCAAGCUCUUUUCUACCAGCUUACCAGCCUGCAUCAAAUAGUCCUUUGAAAUCUCAUGUAGCUCAUUUUGUGUAGUGUUAUUUAGCACCUUUUGGAAUUGAACCAUCUGAACUGUAUGAUUGCUUGUAUUGGAUUUUAACAGGUAC